GGGGGAGAGCCCUGGGGAGCCUGCGCCCGGCGGGAGCUUUGCGCUCACCGGCAGGGGUCCCCUCUAGCGGCCGCCCGGGGGACGUUGGAACAAACCCCGCUUCCCUUCUCCGGCUGUGCUGGAGAGCUCAGAUCCGCACAACAACCCCAAGUGAGACAUUGAGCUCCUGCCCAUUGUACAGAUGAAGAAGUGACAUUUGGACAGAGACCCCAACGAGGAGAAAGCCGGUUUGGGUUCAGAUCCUGAGGCGGGGCUCAGAGGGAACGCUUGAGAGCAGAACGAGAUUCCAGGCCCAUGACGUCCUGUCAUGAACAGUGGUAGAAGCAGGUGCACCGGUGAGGCACAUCAGGGCAGUGCUCUCUUCACACCUGGGCUUCCCCUGCUCUCAUUGUGGCUUCACAGGGGCUUAGAAGAACAUGUAAUACAGUUUUUCAUCAAACAAAUGGAACACAUCACAGAACUUUGCUAAGAUGGACAACGUCACACAAAAAGACCAAGACCCUGGCAAAAAAUACCCCAGAAAUGCCGGCAAACUGCAGAAAGGUUUUACUGCUGCAUACCCAACACAGUCCUCCGUUCCUUUUAAAUAUGAAGCUUCGAUAAUUCCAGAAUCAGAAAAAAAAGGAUUUAAUAGUCAAGCCAAGAGAUUUUAUCGCAAAAAGGAUGAUCUCCCAGGUCCUGGGUUCUACAACGUCAUUCACCAAUCUCCAGUGUCCAACAGUGUCUCAUUGUCUAAGAAAGGGACAGGCACUUUUCCCUCUAUGUGUGCCCGGUUGGACACCAUCGUCUCUAAAUAUCCUGCAGCUAAUGCGUACACCCUCCCUUCACAUUUUAUUUCGAAGAAAGACUUCAGUAACUCCUGCUCCAGCAUGUUCCAGCUGCCAAGCUUCGCGAAAGUUCUCAAAUUUGAAACUCCUGCACCAAACCAUUACAAUGCCUCUGUCUCUUGCUGCAAGCAGAAAAAUAACGUCUGUGCCCGAGCCGGGUUUAUGUCGAAGACUCAGAGAGGAUUUUUCACAGUUCCUGAGACAGGACCUGCCCCAGGGCAUUAUAAUGUCAACGAAUCCCUUGUGAAGCAGUCGCCAAAGAUAUUAAUGUCUUGUUUUAAAUCGAAAACUGGCCGUGGAUUGAAACUGACGUCAACAGGCCCGGGACCCGGUUAUUACAACCCAAACGACCACAGCAAAAUUCCGAAAAAGUCUCUUUUCCCGAAAAACCCCAUCCUGAACUUCUCUGCCCAGCCUUUGCCUCUGCCCCCAAAGCCACCUCUGCCGGGCCCUGGUCAGUAUGAGAUCGUGGACUACACGGGGCCCCCCAAGCAUUUCAUCUCGAGUGCGUCGUUCGUGUCCAACACCAGCCGGUGGACAGCGGCGCCAUCCCAGCCAGGCCUGCCUGGCCCAGCUACAUACAAGCCGGAAUUCCCAGGAAAGCAAUCCUUUCUCUACAACGAGGACAAGAAGUGGAUCCCAGUGUUGUAGUGACCUCACAUAAGCUCGGGGAGAACACUGGCCACCAGCUGCCCCACCCAGGUUCCCCAGGACGUUCAUGCAGAGAACGCCUGUUUCGUGUGUGACAACUGAUGACAUGGGGGCAGCUCUACCACCCCAGCCUAGUGUUAUGGCCUUGAUCCUUGUCUUGAGCUGCCUCCUGGAGAUUGGACACCACCCCUGCUGACUCCAGGGGUUUCCUGAGCAGAAAUGAGGAGGGCACAGAGCCUCCCUUGGUUACUUCAUCUUGCACCCAUCCAGGCUGGCUUCUGCACCCCUCCUCUCAGACUUAAGGGACUCCUGAAGCUCAGACUCCAGGGAGAAGGCAGACAAUGGCGGAUGCCCGUCUAGAAGCCUGACACUCAGCUAGGGCUCUGGGGCCCAGAGAGUACCUGCAGGGCGAACAGCACAGGGCUGCGGCCCAGGCCUGCUCCCACCUCUGGCCUUGACUUCCAGACUCCUCCUGGAGUUCCUGGAGCCAGAAGGCCCAGAGGCGCUUGUGACAGAGACACGAAGGGGUUGCCUGGGCCCUUCCCCAGCUAAGCCUUCGUAUCUCACCUUCAGGAAGAGCCUGGCAGCCAGUCACCAUGGUCACUGUGCUCAUUGCCCGCCUUCAGAGGCCGCCACGUCCGUGUAUUGGCCCUGUGUUCAACAGCAGACAUGGGCAGGACCGUGCUGAAGCCAGAGCCCUGGACACGGCUGUUCUGAGGGGCAGGGCGGCCCCGUGCUGGCAGGUGCUUACCUCCACCGGGGCUUUCUCCCUCCGGCCUGUCUCCAUCCCUCCCCGACCUCCGGCUCAAGUGUAACACAAUCUUUAAUGGAUCUUUUCUGGCCUGCCAGGUCGUUUCCUCUUAGCAAGAGGAAGAGAUUCCCAAAGAACCAAGAGGAAAUGGAAGUAACCACACAUCUCCUCUUCCCCAAACAUCGGUGUUGUCUGUCUCUUUUGUAAUGGAAGGCUCUUGUGCAGUCUCCUCUCCCCUCUCCCCCGCAUCCACAUGGCCUCUCCCUUCCCCUCGGCUGCCUCCUGACUUUUCUCUGUGACACUUACAUCCUGCGCCUUCCUGUCAGAACUGGCCGAUGGGAGGGGUGGGUGAGGAAGAAGCAGGGAGAAUGGAGUUACAUAUCCAAUUAAACGGAAUUCUCGCUUCUCACAAAAGCUGGCCUUUUUGUGAACCUCAGAUUCCUGCAAGCGCCCGUUGCUUUGAGCUGGAGCACUGUGCGAAGAGCGAGGAAGUCUGGACCUAAAGGCAGAACGCUUCGUGCCUCCUUCCGUCCUCUCAGGUCCAUAGCUUCUCCUCAAGGUUUAGAAUUCAGGGGCUCAAGGUCAAGCACUUCCAGCGCCUGGGUGGGCAAUGCGUGGAGCAAACAGGCAAGGCAGGGAUGGGGAUGCAGGAGCCCAGGCCACGCCCAUCUCGAGGGACCUCCAGCAUGGCUCCAGCUAACAGCUGCCAGGUCUGUGGAUUCUUCAACAGAAUCUGGGAGGCCUUUAAAAUGUGAAAUCUCUUGAUUUGAGAUGUUGACAACCAUAUUUCAAUUUAAAAUUUUUUGUUUGGGCUAGAGGACACUCUUCUGCAGGCCAUUCGUUGUCCACUGCGUGCUAGAAGUUCUGGAAACUCUUUUUAAAGCUGACACUUGGAGCUGUACCUCUCUUUGGCCCCAGACUCUUGGUGGUGGGGCCAGAUCCCAAGGCCUUGGUUUUUAGGUCCCUCUGGCCCUCGGGGGGCCACUGGGCUGGGAGUGGCUGGCUCUGGGGUCACUGUGGGCAGAGGCUGGGGGUGAUGCAUGGGAAAACAGAAAGGCCUCUCCUCCUCAUGAGCAGCUGGGCUGAGCAUCAGCAGUGAAGACUGUCUUUCCAGAAGGAGUCCCCUCUAAGGACCUCUAAGGGGUCAGGAAAGAGGGGACUCUGGGAAGAGACGGCAGGGCUGCCCUUGGCUCGUUGGAAUCCAUGUUCUGUGGAAUACAUGACGGGAGCUGAGGCGCUGAGCUCAGGUCUGUCUUGAUUGUAUCCAGUCUCUCUCAAGAUGUCACAGGCCUCUCACAGCUCUGUCCUGCCCAGCGGUUCUCACGUCCCAGCUGUACAUUGGGAUCAGCUUGUGCGCUGUUACAGAGACAGCCUGCGCAGGCCCGGACCCUCAGAGUUCUCAUUUAAUUGAUCUGAGGUGGGGUCUGGGCAUCAGUGUCUUUAUUAAAGUUCUCAGUGUGAUUAUGUGUCCUGUUAGGGUUAGGAUACACUGAUAGUUUAAUAAAGUAUUUUCCAAAUUUUAA